UAAGUUUUAACAUGUGACCCAGGCAUAUAAAAAGAAACUGCAUACCAGACAUUGAUUUACAGUGCGCGUUUUCUUUGUCGUACAACAUUAAUAUUUUAAGUGUACAACGAAACAUUAGAAGUACUUGUUUUAUAACAUAUAAUAUUUAAAUAUAUAACAGGAAAAUAUUUUCUGACUUACGUAUUGAUAAAAUCGAUUAAAAAUGGAUUCUUAUCUUUCAAUAAAUUUUUCAGAAUUGGAUCGCCCCUCUGUACCCUUUAAAGAUCCAAAGGAAAUAGGAUCUUUUUCGCUCGAUAUCAACAGUGCUUUUGAGAAUUCUAGAAAAAGUUUAAAGUAUUUUGUCAGGCCUUCAAACCCAAAAAACGUAAGAUUUGAUUUACGGCGAGGAUUUGAUACAAGAAUUAUAAAAGAAAAAGGAAAUGACAUUAAUGUUUUGCACUGGAUAAAUGCCAAUAUUGAUAAGUUUCCAAUAAAUCCAGACGAAGCUACUACAAGGCAAUGUGAAGGAGCCUCGGGACAAGUAAGUUCAAAGGAUGCUACAAAACACCAGGGAAGACAGCAAGAGGAUGACCAAGAAUGCACUGACCAACAACUUGAAGAUUUAGAGACUGAGCUAAGGGGAAUGAAGAUCAAUAAAAGCGGGGAAAGUUUGAGAGCAAAUCCGAGAAAGCUUGGUGUGGAUUUUGUGUGUCGACGUGGAUUGCUCACUAAAGUAAUGCUAUCACCGUAUGAGGACAAAGAGGGCUGGUUCAUUGCUGUUGUUAAUUACAACGGGACCUACUACAUCAAUGAAAUUCUUACAGAAGAAAGAAAACGACGAGAGGCAGAAGUUAAAAAUGAUGAAAUGAGUUGUUGGGGGUGGAAAUUUGAACAAUACCUUACAGCAGAUACCAAGGAUGGACAGCCGAAUACUGAUGUACCGUACAACAACUGUGAAAAACUUUAUACGGUUGUUAAAACAGAACUAAACAAGCAUUCUUUAGUUUAUUCCGGUGAGAUAGACGCACUUAAUAUUGAUGAAGCCAAUGGUGACUACUACAUGGAGUUCAAAACAACUAAGGAAUUUGCUCAUCAAGGCCAUAUCAAAACGUUCAAAAGGUUCAAGACAAAAAAGUGGUGGGCACAAAGUCACCUUAUUGGAAUAAAGACUAUCGUCUGUGGAUUUAGAGAUGAAAGUGGUGUUGUUAAACGGUUGGAAUUCUAUGACACAAAGUCGUUGCCAGAUUUUGCUAGAGAUGUGUAUAUUCCAUGGAAACCAAACGUGUGUACAAAUUUCCUGGAUAAAUUUCUCACAUUUAUCAAAGACUCCAUAAGGAUCGACGACCCCAAAAUAGUGCAUACACUGAAGUGGUCACCGGAUACACGAAUCGUGUGCAGUCAACCGCUCAAGAACUCGGAAUACAAUUUUCUGCCACAGUGGUACAUUGAUGGAUCUGCUUAAUUGCAAUUUCAUACUGAACACUUGCUCCUUGCACAAAAAAUGAUGUCGAUUAACUGGGGUUUUUUUUGGGGGUGGGGGGUGUUGGUGUUUUUAUUGUUGUUGUUGUAGUUUUGUUAUAUCUUGAUAAAUAGUUAGAGGUAAUUUUUAUGCAUUGCGAUUUCAAUAUACAAACGAAUACAUAGCUGUUAAACGCCAGCUAUCCAAUGAUUUAUAUUGGAUGAAUCCAUGGUGUAAACGCUUGAAGUUUAUUGGUUACAAUAAGUUUAAAGGUUAAGAUUAAGGUUUAUAUUUAACAAAGACAAAAAAGUAAUAUUUGACAUUUACUAAAAGUUUUACAGAUUGAUGCUUAAAACAUCAUAUUUAAUAUAUUAUUAUAGUGUUUUGUAUUUAUUUUUCUGAACAGUAACGAAUAAAUGCAAAGUCAAUUCAUGAAAACAUUACCUUGGAUUGUUUGAUGAACUGGUCCAUUUUAUGCAAAAUUGUUACAUUAUGUCUAACUGUGGGGAUUGAACGUUACAAAAAAAAGUUAUUGCAUUCCGACGUUUCUAUAUAACAAAAAAGUGGUAAGUUUGAUACAAAAUUGACUAAAGUAAGGAAUUUUAAAUUUUUAUAUCUACGUUCGUGUUACACAUUUAAUGUUUUUUAUAUUAAUGUCAUCAUUGUACAUGUUUUUUUUUUUUACUUUUGUCUGUUAUUCGUCUAAUUACCUAUUAUUUUUCUUUUGCUGUAUCUACAUACAGUCAGCUAAGUUUAUAGUGCGAAUGCUUUCAUGUUUAAAUCAAAGAUUAAUCUGUUAGGCAUUUUGAUAAUUUCUUAGUUUUUUUUUCUUUUCACUUGAAUAACAGUUGUCUUCAAACUUUACUGUCUGUACGUAUGGAUGCAAAUUAUGCUGCAAGUAUAUAAUGAACGUUUAAGGACCAUUAACUUAGUAAAUGGUGGGCAAGAAGUUGUAUAUUUUACAAAAGAUCCUCCUGACUUGAAGAAUAGAAGGGAAAAUUAUAUUUUAAUUUCAUUUUAUUUUUGCUUCUCUUCUACUCCUUCAUUUAAGUAUGUUUUACUUAUUUUUACGAUUUUUACGAUUAUUACUUUAAGCUUUUUAACAGUACUAUCAGUUUUUUUUUAUUUAUUGUUAUCUUUUAAAACAUAUUCAUAUUUCUCAUUUUUCUUAUUUUAAAAAAAUUCUUUCUUUAUUAAAUGAGCUUCUCAUAUAAGUACAAAAAUAAACUCAUAUCAGUACAAAAAGACUAAUAUUAUAGAUUAUAUAAUAGAUAAGGUAAACGGUAAAGAAUUUUUAAGACAUUUUCUAUUCUUAUCUUAUGCUUCAUUUUGGAUACAUAGUAUAUUGUAUACUAUUUGAUUUUACGUAUAUAUUGCAUGCAUAUGAGGAAAAAUAGAUAUGUAUAAACAAAUAAUUAAAAAUAUGUUUAAAAGAAUAAAGAUAAGAAAUAAA